UCGUGCUCAACCGUAAACGUAUAAGAGCUGUCGAUGGGAUGGAUCACCGCAACAGCUAGCUGUUCUGGCCGAGGCAUCUCUGCUGGUUCAGUAUCAACUCGCAAUCGUCAUCAUGGUUUACACUAUCGACAAUUUCGCACAAGCCGACCUGAAGGCAGUGCUCGAGCAGCUGAACCUCGACGAAAAAGUUUCGCUUCUGGCUGGAGCCGAUUGGUGGAAUACUGUACCGAUUGCUCGCAUCGGCGUGCCGUCAAUCAGAUGUUCCGAUGGCCCUAAUGGAGUUCGUGGCUCGAGCCACUUUAUGCCAACUCCUGCGAAUUGCAUUCCUUGCGCUACUGCUCUCGGAUCGACGUUCGACACUGAUCUGAUACAUCAAGUCGGAGGUCUGCUCGCACGGGACACGAAAGCAAAGUGCAGUAGUAUGCUCUUGGCUCCUACCUGCAACAUACAGAGAAACCCUCUCAACGGUCGGGCUUUCGAGAGCUUUUCUGAGGACCCCUUCCUCAGCGGAUUGCUCGCCGCAGCGUACAUCAACGGCCUACAAGAGUCUGGCGUCGGUGCUGUCAUCAAGCAUUUCGUAUGCAAUGACAUGGAACACGAGCGGUUCAGCGUUUCGAUCGAGGUAGCGGAGAGAGUCAAACGAGAGAUCUACCUCACACCCUUUAUGAUCGCUCAGAAGCUGGCCAAACCAUGGAGCUACAUGACAUCGUACUCCCGCACUGCGGGUCUGCAUUGCUCAGAAGAUCCCAAACUGCUACAAACCCUCUUGAGAGAAGAAUGGGGAUUCGAUGGGCUGAUCAUGUCGGACUGGUUCGGUUGCUACUCCAGCGAGGAAGCGCUUAAAGCAGGUCUGGACCUAGAGAUGCCUGGCCCAACUCGCUUCCGAAAGGAGCUCGUCAAGGUCUUGAUAGGUUCCGGAAAGCUUUCGGAGGAUGUCAUCGACGCUAGAGCGCAUGCAGUAUUACAGGCCAUACAAAGAAGUAUCGUUGCCGACAAGCAGACUGUGAAAAACGCCAACGCCAAGGUCGCGGAAGCCGGCCGCGAUACUUCAGAGGAUAGGGCCUUGAACCGCAAAGUCGCUGCCGAUGCGAUCGUGCUCUUGAAGAAUUCCGCUGGUAUCCUGCCUCUCGAUCCCCGCAAUAUCAAGACCAUCGCAGUCGUUGGACCUAACGCUAAAACGCGUACGGUCAGCGGAGGAGGCUCGGCCUAUUUAACCGCUUCAUAUAUCGUUCCGCCGUUGAAGGGCAUCCAGGAUGCUCUGAAGGGUACCGGUGUCCAGGUGAAAUACGCUGCUGGUUGUUAUGCUCACCGUGAAUUACCCAUGCUGGACGGCUGGAUGACGGCAGAAAACGACGCGCCCGGCUGGACGGCGAGGUUUUCAAACACCGAGUUUGAGAAGGAUGACCAGGACCUGCUCGCCACGCUGGUCCUUCCCUCAUCCCGGGUCAGAAUCAACGAUACCAGGCCUACAGGCUUGAACGACCUGUUCUAUAUGCGACUCUCCGGGUACAUCGUCGCUGAAGAGACCGGUGUUUUCGAGUUCGGAAUGUCUCUCGUGGGUCGUGCGAGACUCUUUGUCGAUGGUCAAUUGGUCAUCGACAACGGAUAUGAAAAGCAGCAGACGUACGGUGGCACCUUUUACGGCGCGGGCACGAUCGAGGAAAAGGGCGUCUGCAACGUCACGGCGGGCGAAAAGUACCACAUCGAGAUCGAGUUUACCAACUUCAAGAAUCCUGGCAAGACGGCCGAGGUGGCUAUCAAGCGGGGACAACCCAGUCUCAUGACAGCUGCGCUUCGUCUCGGCGGUACCAUGAAGAUCCAAGACGAGGAACGUGCACUUCAAGACGCCGUCGACCUGGUCAGAUCGUGUGAUGCCGCGAUCUGCUUUACUGGGUCCGAUCUCGGAUGGGAGGGAGAAGGAGCAGACAGAACGCAAUUCUUGUUGCCGGGAAGAACCAACGAACUCGUCGAGCGUUUGUUGGCUGUCAAGCCAGAGACGAUUAUAUGUAACCAGACCGGUUCAGCCUUUGCCAUGCCUUGGAUCAGCGAGGCGACGACUCUGCUGCAAUCCUGGUUCGGGGGCAACGAGACGGGAAAUGCCAUCGCCGACGUCGUCUUCGGCAAGGUCAACCCGAGCGGCCGUAUGCCGUUGUCUUUCCCCUAUCAGAUCGAGGACUGUACGGGAUUCUUGAAUUGGCAGGCCGAGAAUGGCAAGGUCUACUAUGGCGAAGGGCUGUUCGUCGGAUACCGAGGAUACGAGGCUACGAAACGGGACACCAUGUUCGCAUUUGGAGAAGGGCAAUCUUACACGUCGUUUGAAUGGUCCAACGCUAAGGCCAACAUCAACGCCGCUGAUCGCGCCGAAGACGUUGCCGCCUCCGUCAGACUGACGGUGAAGAAUACGGGUCAAGUAGCGGGAGCCGAUGUCGUCCAGCUCUACGUGCACGACCGAGAGAGCUUGCUCAGGCGCCCCUACAAGGCACUCAAGGGGUUCAGAAAGGUCUAUCUCGAGCCAGGAGAAUCACGAGAGGUGGAGAUCAAGAUGGAUAAACUCGCGUUCUCGUACUACGAUGAUGGGCAGAAUUGCUGGGUCGCCGAGGCGGGCGCGUUUGAUCUCAUACUCGCACGGUCUUGUCGCAAGCGGGAUGUCGUGGAUACACUCGACGUCGAGCUCGGCACCACGAUCCGAUGGACGGGUGUGUGAGCAAGUUGACUCCGG